AAACAAACUGCCCAAAAUGUCCAACCCCGACGCCUCAGACCAGCCUCCCCCCCCUCAAUCCGCCGAGGACCGCAAGGCCGCCUCCGCCCUCGCGGCCCUCGACACCCCAACCGACGCCUCCUCCGCCGCCGCCCCGACAAACCUCGACCAGGAAGCCGUCUCCAAGGCCAUGCGCGCCCUCAACGCUGCCCACGGCACCUCUACAACCGCCAAGAAGAACGUCAAGGUCGAUGCCGCCGACGUCGCCCUCGUCGUGGACCAGCUGGACGUUACUAAGAGCAAGGCCACCGAGCUGCUUAAGGCGCAUGAUGGGGAUGCUGUUGCUGUCAUGAGGGCGUGGGCUAGGGGUUGAAAGACGAAGCUGUAAAUAAAAGAAGAGGAGGGGAAUAAUAAAGGGGGGGGAUAACAAGUACAAGGCAUGUUUCAUGC